AUGUCUUGGAAGGACAAUUUCGGGUUCACAGAGCGACUGCGAGCCAUACAGUCUCUAACAACGGCUUAUCAGCAAGCUUCAUCCUCGUCUGCCUCCGGAUUCGCAGAAGCUAUGGCCCAAGCGAAGCAGCUUGAAACCGAGGCGUAUAACAAGGCGACCUCGAAAGACGAGUAUGAUUCUAUCUGCCAAAAGGCAAUUGAUGAGGCUGAAUUGGCAGAGUCCGAGGAGCUGGUCACUAGCAGCCCACAGCAUGUGGAAGAUGACGAUACCUCAACCGGGGAAGUGAUCGGUCAAUAUCGGUAUUGUUUUCACCACUUUGCUGGGAUCCACUCCUCUAUAUACAGGUCAAAGUUGGAGGAUGGGACUGUUCGGGCUGUGAAAGUCACUAUUCCCCAUCUGAUGACAGCCCCCCAUGAUGCUCACCGUGAAGCCCGGUUGUUGCGCGAAGGUUCUCACCCGCAUAUAAUUCCAUUGAUUGAAACGUUUAAUCUUGAUGGUGGCAGAUUUGUCUUGGUCUUUCCUUUCUUGCGAUAUGACUUCGACCAGUUGUUGCGGCGAGACAUGGUAACUGCUGCACAGACACGAUCGAUUCUGCGAGACCUGUUUUGUGGCCUUGCUCAUCUCCACAGCAUUGGUAUAAUUCACCGGGACAUCAAGCCCUCCAAUGUUCUAUUGGACUCCCCCAAUGGACCAGCUUACUUGGCAGACUUUGGCGUUUCGUGGAAAGAAGGCGACGCGGGAUCUGAGCCACCCACGCAGAAAAUCACGGAUGUGGGCACAACCUGCUAUCGACCCCCAGAAAUUCUCUUUGGGUUCAAAGAAUAUGGAACAUCCCUCGACAUGUGGGCUGCUGGCUGUUUAGUAGCAGAAGCCAUUGCCGUUGGUCACCGCCAGCUCUUUGAUUCCGGGCCCGUGGGCAGCGAUCUAUCACUGAUUUUCUCCAUUUUCAAACUGCUGGGCACUCCGGAUGAACAGCGCUGGCCUGAAGUCCAAGUCUUGCCAGAUUGGGGGAAGGUAGAAUUCCACUCGUUCCCUUCGCAGAGCUGGGAGAAUAUCCUCCCGGGUGCAUCCUCGAAUGGUCGUGAAUUAGUCAGCCGCCUAUUGUGCUACGAGAGCAGCGAAAGACUCUCGGCGGCAGAGGCCCUUGCCCAUCCAUAUUUUGCUCGGACUUGA